GACCGGCGUAUCCGGAGGUAGCACAAGGGGAGCACAGAUACCGGCUGCUGGAACAAUCUAUUCAGCCAUUAGCCUUCACCGCUACCGCUAAGAUGGUUCUGGAUCUCGAUCUAUUCCGGGAGGACAAAGGAGGAAACCCGGAGCUUGUGAGAGAAACUCAAAGGAAGAGAUUUAAAGAUCCUGCUUUGGUGGAGGCCCUGCUAACCUCAGACACAGCAUGGAGGAAAUGCAGGUUUCAAGCAGAUAAUCUGAACAAAAUGAAAAACCUGUGUAGCAAAACUAUUGGUGAUAAAAUGAAGAAAAAAGAACCGGUGGGUGACAGUGAUGCACUCCCAGAAAAUGCCCAGAAUCUGGACCAAUUAACAGCAGAAACUCUAGGUGCAAUGACAGUAACACAGAUUAAGCGACUUCGAGUCCUUAUAGACAAGGCCAUAGAAGCAACAGAUACAGAACGAAUAAGGCUUGAGGCUGAGCGGUUUGAGAGUUUGAGAGAAAUUGGAAACUUGCUGCACCCAUCCGUUCCAAUCAGCAAUGAUGAGGACAAUGACAACAAAGUGGAGCGCACAUGGGGCGUAUGUGAGGGCCGAAAGAAAUAUUCACAUGUGGACCUCGUAGUUAUGGUUGAUGGCUUUGAGGGUGAAAAGGGAGCUGUUGUUGCUGGAAGCAGAGGAUACUUCUUAAAGGGCCCCCUUGUGUUUUUGGAGCAGGCCAUCAUCCAGUUUGCUCUGCAGACUCUGGGAUCAAAGGGGUACACUCCCAUAUAUACACCAUUCUUUAUGAGAAAGGAAGUGAUGCAGGAGGUGGCUCAACUUAGCCAGUUUGAUGAAGAGCUAUAUAAGGUAAUUGGAAAGGGAAGUGAGAAGUCUGACGACAACACAAUUGAUGAGAAAUACUUGAUCGCCACUUCCGAACAGCCAAUUGCAGCUCUCCAUCGGGAUGAAUGGCUAAAGCCUGAAGAUUUGCCUAUACGCUAUGCAGGGAUUUCCACAUGUUUUCGACAGGAGGUUGGAUCCCAUGGACGGGACACACGUGGCAUCUUCAGAGUGCAUCAGUUUGAGAAAAUAGAACAGUUUGUUUAUGCUUCCCCUCAUGACAACAAAUCCUGGGAAAUGUUUGAUGAAAUGAUAGAGACAGCAGAAAUAUUCUAUCAGUCACUGGGUAUCCCUUAUCGCAUUGUUAACAUUGUUUCAGGUUCAUUAAAUCAUGCAGCCAGUAAGAAGCUAGAUUUGGAAGCCUGGUUUCCUGGAUCUGGUGCGUUCAGAGAGCUGGUCUCUUGUUCAAACUGCACUGAUUAUCAGGCACGGAGGUUGCGUAUCCGCUAUGGACAGACAAAGAAGAUGAUGGACAAGGUAGAGUUUGUGCAUAUGCUAAAUGCAACCAUGUGUGCCACGACACGCACAAUUUGUGCCAUUUUAGAAAACUACCAGACUGAUGAGGGCAUCAGUGUCCCAGAGAAGCUCAGGGACUUCAUGCCACCAGGCCUGAAGGAGGUAAUAAAAUUUGUGAAACCAGCUCCAAUUGAGCAGGAGCUAAGCAAGAAGCAGAAGAAGCAGAAAGAUGGGAAGAAAAAUCUAAACAGUGACCUGGAAUCUCAGUUGCAGAAUAUGGAAGUGAACAAUGCUUGAAAUCAUCUGCA